UUUACCUAUGGCUCCCAUUAGAGCAUCUGUCCUCCAUCACUGGCAUAAUGGUGUCCCUUUAUCAAUGUUUUUUCAUAAUUCUUUGUGGUAUGUUUUCAAACUGAUUUUCAAGAAUUCAAAUCCAGCAUAAGUAUCAGAAAAAUGUAUAUGACAUCCACUGACGGAUAGUAUAUUAGUGAAGAAUCUGGGAGAGUCUUCAUCUUCAGCAAAAUGCCCUUGUGGAUUUUACAUUUUACAUCUAAUUCACGCUAUGAAUCACCAGCCUGUUUAUGAAAACAUACAGUUUUGCUAGAGUUAUUACUCUUACUUCUCUCAACAUUUGCUGAACAGUCCAACUUCUAUCUUGACUAUGGUAGUGAGUCAAAGAUAUGAAAUCAGAGGCACAUUACAAAGAGAUAGAGGAAUUGUUAUACUACCAUCUAUAUUUUUAGCAGAACUUCCAAAGGAAACAAGGCUGAUCCAAUUGUAUUGUCAUUGCACCUGCCUGUGAAAGUCCCUCAACUAUUUUUGUACCUAGCAGACAAUUACUGGAAAAUUUAUUUGAAGGGGGGAGGAAGGAUAGUUCUCAAAUAGGUUUCAUUUGAAAAGGCAGCUAAGCUGAGAAAAAAAAGGAAAUUAUUGUCCCUGUUGAGCAAAAGAUAUACAUAUUAACUUAGCUACACUACUAGACCUCAGAAAAGCUACAUGGAAGCAAGGUUUAAGGAAACAGUCAAUAACAAAGGUAUAUGAGGGCUGAGUGGUUUGGAAAUACAGCAAUAGUAAAAGCCAUCAGAACAGUGAGAUUGGUCCCCUCCAUAUUGGCAGUCCAGGUCUGGAAAAAUCCAGCAGAACUUUGUUUAUCUGCCUACCACCCACCACAAGUGGCUCUGAAGACUCUGAGUACCAAGAUCAAACAUUAGAACGAAGGAGAGAGAACUGUUUCCCAGGUUCCUAUGGUAGGAGAAAAUUCAAAAAGUCAAAGUGUGCUGACACCCUAUGCUAGAAAGGCAGAACAGAAAAGGUCUCCUCACCAUCAUUAACAGUUCCUUUCAGACCAUGGGAGUGGCAACAGUUUUCCACCUAAUUAAUAGGCUUCCAGUGGUUCAUGUUCCCAAGUGCAAACACAGGAUUUUUUUGAUGGAUGCAGCAUACAUGCACCUAGCAACCCUUCAGUCUUCCUGGGACAUUUCAGAAAGCCUCAGACCUAAUACUUGGGCUCUUUAAGACACUGUGAACCUGUAAUAAAGCUGCUUUUGGUGGAAGAUCCAAUGUUACUAUCUCACAGUGAGAACAGCAGAAAUCUUCAUCAAGAGCAGAGCUAUCAGGUAUCAGGAAAUUCCUACCAGACAGAGUGAUUCCUAAGGAGCUGGACAUAAAAACAUUCCUGCUUAAAAAAAUACAGAGGAUAGGUCUAGGGAAACCCACCACAGUCUAAGAUUUAACACUCAGUGUGAAUAGACAUGGUUCCAAACAUCUUUCCACACAAUUAGCAUAGUUAGUGUUCUCUAUCUGAUAAACAGAUUUUUUUUCUAAUAGCAGAAUUCUCCCUCUACUGUGAUUAAGCCUCUUUCAUAAAUUGCUCAUGUAGCAUGCGGAAGCCUUACUGGUCUACUUCCUCCUCUACUCUUUUUGGAAGAUCAUUCCUGAAUACAAAUGACUAAAAAUGAAUAUAAAUUCAGCUUUAAAUGUACUCCUAACCUAUUUAUACCUGUUUGAUUUCAAUCCUAUAUGUUUUGUAUAAAUAAUCAUUUUUCUCUGAUACUUGCAAACCUUUUCAUAACCAUUCAUCUCCACUUUCUUAAGGUACCCAAGGUAAGCUCUUUCAAUGUCCUUUCAGAAGCCAGGAACUCCUUCUAGUCAUAAUAGAAGACUUCACUUUUACUUGUGUCAGUUUAAAUUCAUGAUCACUCAACAUAGUUGACCAGAACAGCACACGAGACUCUAACUGAGCUCUCAUCAGUGCUCUACACAAAUUCUUUCCCUACAUCUCUCAAACAUCAUUGGCCUAAUGUGCACUCGAAUUAUACACUCUUUUCACAUGGGCAUGUCAUUUUAGUGACUCAUUAUCUCCCUGGCACAAAGCAAAAAAUCCUUUUUUUAGCCCUAAGUAUAUGACUUUAUUGUUAAACUUUGGUUGACUUCUAUCACUUCUAUACAAAAACUCUUCUUAUCCUUCCUGUAUAAUGACUUGAUUGUCCCCAGGACCAUUCAGAUAACGUUGCUAUAGGCCCAGCUCUUGAACCACACUCAUGAUCCAGGUAAUGGAUCAGACAGGAUUAGUCCCAUGACCAAUGCCUAUCUACUUGCAGAACACUGCAAGUAAUCCCAGUAAAACUCAGUAAUUCCCUUCCCAGUGCUAAAAUGAUGCUUCUUUAGCGAUCUCCUUAUUUACCUUGCAGUCCUUCUGACAGGUUACAUCCUCUCCCUGUUCCCAUCACUUAAAUUUCAACAAAGAACAUUGUACAAAAUAUUCUGUUUAAGUCUAGAUGGAUCAAGUUAGUUGUAUUACUUUUGCCUAAAAUGUCAGCUAAACUUCACUCCUCUUCUUCCUUCCUUUACCUCUUUUCUUAAGCCCUCUGUUUUAGUUUUUGGUUUUUUUCUAGAUCCAGCUCAAUGCAGUUAUGACCAUAUGUCCUUUAUUCCUUCAAUUUCCGUGCAUAGGAAGUCUGCAGCACUGCAGAAUUUCAAUAUCCUGGCAGACCAGGACAACCUUAUGUUUCUGGUAGUGUCAAUUAUGGAGACAUGAAUAAUUUAAAAAUAAUUGGUAGAAAUAUAGUUCAGUUUAUUAGAGGCAUAAAAUUACUUCAGAUUUUAAACAUCUAUGAAAGUUUGAACCAGAAGGAGACAUGCAUGAGGUUGAUAAGGGAGUCUAAAUACAUGAGAAUUCAGGAACCCUGAGUAGGAAAGACAAAACAAACCUUUUUAGUUGAGUUGAAGAUUACUGAAAACAUAGCUAUAUAAUUUUGUCAGCAGCAUAGACCUGAUUUUCAUAACAAUCUUUGAAGUAAUAAAAGGAAUAAAUAAAACCCAGUUGCUAUCAUCUGUGCUUCAGAGGAUUGCAGUGUAACCUAAAAAAAAUAGCCAUUUGAAGUUCACUUAGGUCUCAUAACCUUGAGGUAAGCAUACUUGUUUAGACCAUGGUUAUCCUGAUAUUACAGUUGUAUUCUUCUGCGGUCAUCCUGUAAAACAAGAAUUUGUUGAUAAGUUUUCCUACAAAAUCUGGUUAGAUUGCAUAAACUUUUGCAAAAAGGGACAUUAACAUCAAAGGGUGAAGAACAUCUUUGACUUCAGUCCAGGACAUCCUCUUCAGCAGACUUGUGGAGACAGAAAUAUCAUGGCUAUAGUAAGUACAGAGCUCUAUUCAUUUUCUUUUUAUUUCAUGGAUGCAUAACAUUUAGUUAUAGCUGCUAUGGAUGUGAGAGCAAAAUUUUAAAUUUAUUUCUAAUAGUUUUCAAAUCAAUUCUUUGCAUCUGACUUCCUGCUUUUGGGGGCAUGUAGAACCCUCUUGUUUUAGCUCCAUCAUAUAAACUGGUUUGUAUGUGCCUCAAAAUUCAAAAUUAAGGAAGAGAAGAUGGCUUCUUUUAAGGACAACCUGACAAAUUAUUUUGUGUAUCUGGAGGAAUUCCACAGUCAAGUAUUAAUGUGACAUUGAGUAAGAAAUGGGAAUGGGUAGCACCUUCUAAUUAGACUUUUCAGAAAGCAGUUUUGUUGUCUUAUUUUGAUUCAGCAGGACUUUGUAACUAAAAAGAUAAAGGGAUUUUUUUCUGUCUGAAUCGUCAGUAUAGUUCAAGGAGAAGUGUGGUAUGUUUAGCUACAUUUGGAGCUAACAUUUUUUAACUUGUAUUUAAGGAGCCCAAAUAUAUGUGGAACCUUUUGUUUGCAAAACCCUACUUUAGAAUUUGCACAGCAAGCACACUCUUCUGGUAUGAUUCAGUGUCUUGCUGCUUUCACAAAAGGUUUGGUUAGAGCCAUUGCAUAUGUAAAUAUGUUGAACACAGAACUUUUGCUCUUGCCAAAUGCAGCUUGAAAAUAAACAACAAUUUACAGUCCCACUAUUUUUAUUUGAUUUUGAUUAGUUGGACAAAAUUGCUUCCAGAAGUCCCUGCUUGCCUAAAUUAUGUUGGAAGGCUGUGAUUUGUGUCGGCUGUGAUUUGUGACUUAUCCACUGGAGGUCACUGUUCUGCAGAAAACCGGAAAAGGCACCACAGGAAAAACACACAUAGUGUUUCUACUCAGAGCUGCAUGGAGAGGUUCUCUUCCCUCAUAGUUACGAGGGUGCUGCUGAGCCACGCCCAUGCUCUCAGGCUUGCACUGGCUCCAGCCAGCCCUGGGUACUUCCAUGACAGGCGUAGGAAGUCACAUUUGAGGUUACUCAUGGAAAAAUUUGAGAAGGGUAGCGAAGACAGAGAGGAUGAUCCUGCUCAACGUCAACCCUUCAAAAUCCCAAGAGAAGAAAUUCCUGAAGGAUUACAACAGGAAAGGAAAGCAGCAUUUGAGAAACUAGCAAGUCAAGGAAAUGUAAUGUGUACUCCAGGACCCAGUACCUCUCAUGAAACUGUUAAUCCUAAGCCUCUCCUGGCAGUCAAGCCUUCAACUGAUGACAAAAGAGAGUAUGAUCCAAAGCCAUCACAUUUGAACCCAGUGGCACAAAGGUUUGGUGUUCAUCUUCAGCCAACUAACAGAGAAAAUUAUGGAAAAACUGAAUGCACUAAAUUCCCCAUCAUAACCUGUGACUUGGCAAAAGGAGACCCAAAGCCUCUAUGUCCAAAACCUGCAAGGAACAAGUUCCCCAGCUCUGCUCCUCCUGAUAAAGAAGAAAAUACUCUGGGAGCAAAACCAAAUUCAGAUUUGGCAUCACAGAAGAGUGAGGCAAAACCAGCAGUUCCAAACGUAACAAGAAUUACGAAAAAGUUAAUGUCUGCAGCACAGGAAAAUGCACCCAAGCCUUCUCUCUUUAAAAAACCUUGUUUUAACAUUGGGGUCUCUAACAAUUCAGACACUUCUAAUAAAUGUGGUUCUGUUCAAAGCAGUCUAUCAGGCCCUAGAACAAAUACACACUUACUUAAGAAAGUAAAGGAAAUGAGUGAAAAUAACUCAGCUGUAGAAGCUGCAGGCAGUCAUCUUCCUAAAAUAUCUCUGAAGCCUGCUGGCCACUCGCAGUGCUUAUUUCAAGCCACCUCAAAAAACGUGGAGGAAGAGACUGAAGAAAAGGGAAUGAGUGUUACCAAGACCACCAUUGCCAAGAAAGUCAACCAGGAAGGAUCAGAUUCUUCUCCUAAGUUUCAUAAAAUCAAUACAGCACUUGGUGCAGAAAGGUCAUCAGAUGAAUCACGAGAGAAAGAGGAUGGACACAGGAGUUCAAGACGCCCCAGGCAAAGGGUUUGGGGCCCAGUGGUCAAGAUGGCCCUGAACCCACCAAAGCCCAACAGACCCCCACAUGUGGAACUACGAGGAUACCAGAAGAGCGCCCCAAAAAAGACAGCUAAAGGUUUGAAACUGACAGCAGCUUCCUCAGCAGCAUCUGCCCCACAGUUUCCACCUCCUCCACCAAUCUCUUACCCAGCCCUGCAGGUUAAGGUAGCUCCCAGUCUGCCUCCCAGAAACAUCAAGCCCAGCUCUGAAACAAGAAAUCCAGAAAAUGAAGAAAAUUAUGAUGAUGUGGAAUUUGUUUCACAGGGUCAUGGAAGUACACAGGGGGGCCAAAAAAGUGAUGUAGAGAUGUAUGAAGAUAUAAAUGACAUCAGAUCAUCAAGGGAAAAAGAGAAGAAGCAGAACAAAGAAGAUAAGAGAAGAAUGGAGCAAGAGAAAAGAGAACAAAAGGAAAAAGAAAAGAAAGAACUGGAAUUAAGGAAGAAGUUCAAAUUAAUGAGACCCAUUGAAGUUCUUCAUCUGGCACGAGCUUGUGUUGACUACAAAGGGGGGAAGAAUGAACUGACUGUCAAAGAGGGGGAUAAGAUUGAAAUCAUUCGCCUCACAGACAACCCAGAAGGAAAGUGGCUGGGCAGGAUAGGAGGAUGCUAUGGAUACAUUAAAACAACCAUGGUAGAGAUUGAUUAUGACUCUUUAAAAAGAAAGCAACGAGCACCUACUGGAGCCGAUGUGGAAUUUUCAGAGAGUGACAUGGAAGUGUAUGAUGAUGUUGGAGGGCAGGAGAGCUUGAUGAGCCUAGGUUCUGACAAUAGCGGAACAGGAAAUGUGUUCCCACCUCCUCCUCCUUCUAAUCAAGAUAUUUACGAUGAAAUUGAUGAUGGAGAUCCCAUAGCAAGGUCUGUAUCACAGGAUGAAGAUAAGAAUGGUAUCUGGUCCUGGGGAAUCUUGAAGAGGCUAAAGGUCAAAGAUGACAAAAAGAAAAGUAUACGAGAAAAAACAACCAAAGUCAAUGAGGCAGAAGAUAAUGGAAAUUUAUUCACAUCUUCUUCAACAAAGCCGUCUGAAAAAGAUUGUGGAGAGGAUGUGUACGAUGACGUGGAUUCUUCGGACUUCCCUGCACCGCCGCUUGAUGAUAUUUCAUCAAAAGUAGUAAGCUUUGGAAAAAGGAAAUCAGAUGAAAAAGAUGUACAAAAGCAUGAACAGAUGGAAAGAAAAGAGAAAGAAUUCCGGAAAAAAUUCAAAUUUGUAGGUAAAAUAAAAGUUCUUUUUUCUACUACUGUGGUUCAGAAUUUGCCUAAAAAAAGAUGGGGAUCUAAAGAAUUGCAUAUUAAACCAGGAGAGUCUCUUGAUAUUAUAGAAAGUACGGAUGACAACAAACUCCUGUGCCGCAAUAAAAAAGGAGAAUAUGGCUAUGUCUUGAGAAGCAAUUUAGUUCAAAACGAAGGAGAGAUUUAUGACAAUGUUGCUGAGGACAUCUAUGAUAACGACUCAGAUGAAUGAUUCUGUUCAACUAAUGACUUAAAUAAAGAUCACCUCUAGUUUGGACUCCUACUUGUGGAAGCUCAAUUACAAAUUAAUUGGUUUCACCCCUGUAAAUGUAGAAUUAACUUUUCUUAGGAGUUCAGCCUUUUGUCCUCCAUUGCUUUAAACUACAUUACAUUGCUAUUUAUCUCAGCCAUUAAAAUUCCCUUUAUUGAUGUUUUAAAUACAAUCAAAUACAAUUCAAAUACAUCUCAGAGGAGUGAUAUGGAGAUAUUAAAAAAAAAUAACUGUGAAGAUAAUAGCCUAAAAACGACUUUUGUACUGUAUUUAAAAUUACUGAUAAAA